AAAAGGACUUACGCAGGAUAAAGAAAACUGGAAAGUCCUCUGCGAGUGUCUCGCGGAGUCGUGCAGGGAUUGCCCCGAUAAUCAACUUUACUGCUCUACUCUGAUUCCCAUUUGCAUACAGCGAAGGGGCGAGAUGAACAACGAAAUUCUUAAGCUGCUAUACUGUUUAUUGUUGAACAAUACAAGCAAUAUCAAUUUGUUUGUUGAAUGUAACGGUACAUCUAUUUUUACCAAAGACAUAAUUCAUGAUAGCUCGAGAAUGGAACUGUUGUCCGCAGUAGUGGAGAAUGCGUCCGCGGCAAAUUUAUUAAAACGCGACUCAGAUUUGCUGAUGUCCCUUAUUACAGUCGGGGAAGAUUACAAAGUCGACUGUCAAGGAUCUUGGAAGAUGGUAGAAUGGGCGUCAGUGAUUUUGUUCCAUUUAGCAUCGCAUAUUGAAGGUGUAGACAAUUCAAUAGGAACAACUAUAAACAGAUCGGACGUAGACCUUGAGAUGAAUAUAUCUGAAACAACUUUAAAUAACCUCUCGGUGUCAUUUUUAUUGAAACCAAACUGGGAAAAUUUUAAAAGAGGCAAUUUAUUAAAAAAUGCCACAACUCAGAACAAAAUAAACGACCAUGAAUCGAAAUACUCUACGGCCGCUAUAAAAGGUUUUUCUUUUAAGGCUUUUAGCGAUGAGCAUACGAGUUUUCGUUCGAGCCCAAUAGAGUUCGCACCCAAAUUUGUAUCGACUCCAAAAAAAGGGACAACAAUACGUGGAGUGCAAGUGGCUGAAUUGAGUAAAGAACUAAUAAACAGGACAGAGCAAAAAAGAAAUGAUGUUACACAACGGAAGCCUUGUGGAAAUAAUUCACCUUCACUUAUAAAGAAAACGUUAUCAACGAGUGCUCGUUUGUUAAGCAUUGUGAACAAUUCUUGCGUAUCAAUUUAUCAUACGAUGGGAACUAUUUUCUGGCGAAAGCCAGCAGAUACAAAAUCCCGAAGUCUUUUAAAGCAAAAGUUCAAAAUUGACGAGGCAACGAUGAAUAAGUUUACUAAAUAUUUGAAACAGAGAGUUUCACACCCUGAUACAAAAGCCAGUGAUAAUUUAAACGUUCAAAAACGAGACCAACGAAAAUUAUCUAUUACACGAAAAUUCCGAAAGAGCAUUGUAAAGAAAAUUAAAACCGGAAUGCAUUUUUAUGGUUGUAAUUUUAAGAAGAUAGCUCAAGCUAUGUGGUCGCACGAAAAGGAAAUGACGCCCAAGGUGCUGUAUAAUAUUUAUAGAAAGUAUAUACUCAAAUGAACUUUUGAUAACCAAGUUACUUUUUUUCAAAAGGUAGGUAAUUAUAUAACAGACUUCAAAAAAGUGGAGGUUGAUAUCAAUAAGGACGUAUUUUUGUGAUUAUUUCUGAAAUGAUUUGAAAAAUGUAUUUUUGUUUAAUGUACAUUAU